AUGUGCUCGUUCCCUGGCUUCUUGCACGCAGUGAGGGCGGCCCGAGAGGAGAGACGUGGUCCCGUCUUCACACGAGCGCCACCGGAACGGGUGGAGUUCCUCAACUCGUCUCAAGCAGUGGUGCCGUGCGAGGCCCAGGGCGUGCCUCAUCCCGAGGUCUGGUGGUGGCGCGUCGGCUCCGAGGGUCCCGCACCAGACAUCCCCGGCCUGCGUCACGUGCGAGCGCACGACGGAGCGCUCGUGUUCUCACCUUUCCGGGCCGAGGAUUUCCGGCAGGAUAUCCACGCCGCGGUCUACCGCUGUGGUGCGCGCAACUCCGUCGGCUCCGUCGUCAGCGGUGACGUCCACGUUAGGGCUGCCGUCAACCAGGAGUUCGACGUGCAAGUGUACGACGAGUUCGUAAUUAAAGGCAAUACCGGUGUGCUGCGCUGCCAGAUACCGAGCUUCGUCAAGGAGUACGUCACGGUGACGUCAUGGGUGCGGGAUGACGGACUCGUCGUACACGCUGACACAGAUUCAGGUGGUCGCUACACCGUCUUCCCAUCUGGCGAGCUGCACGUCCGCAAAGUGGACCCAAGCACCGACAGCCACCGCAAGUACUACUGCCAGGCCAAGCAUAGGCUCACGGGAAAAGUUUUUAGGAGCUCUACAGUUGCCAGGCUCAUCAUCAUUGACACACACGUGAACACGGCACCAAGGCUGACGGACCGCAGGCCCGUGGUGCGGGCGCGCCAAGGCGACAACGUGAAGAUCCCCUGCGCGGCGCAAGGUUACCCGAUUCCCACGUACUCCUGGCACCGCGUCGAAGGCGGCUGGAAGGUAUCGCUGGACUCGGCAGGUCGAGUGUCUCAAGCAGACGGCACGCUGCUCUUCCGACGCGCUUUAGUCGGCGACGGUGGCAAGUAUGUGUGCGUCGUCAACAAUUCCAUCGGUGAGGACCGGAUGGAGACUCAACUCACAAUCACAGCCCCACUGACAGCGACGGUUCGUCCUAAGCGAAUAGUGGCCACUGAAGGUUCUCCGGCAACACUCAACUGCACCACCACUGGUCACCCUGUGUCAUCCGUGGUGUGGGUCAAAAAUGGACAGCCCGUCGUCUCCUCGCGCGUCAAGAUGCUGACGCGGGAGAAACUGCACAUACCCAACGUGCUGCGGGACGACAAGGGGAUGUACCAGUGUUUCGCGCUGAACGACUACGACUGGGCUCAAGGCACGGCUGAGAUUACGCUGGGCGACGAUCCUCCUGUUCUCAUGCACCGGUUUUCCGAGCAGACAGUGGAUCCAGGCUCAUCGGUAUCGCUCAAGUGCGCAGCAACGGGCGCACCCUUGCCGCAGAUCACGUGGAGUCUCGACGGCGAGCCUGUUGUGGAAAACAUGCGCGUGCGCAUUGGAGACUUCGUCACCAACGACGGGCAGGUGAACAGCUUCGUCAAUGUAACGGCUGCGACUACUGAGGACGGCGGCCGGUACCAGUGUCACGCAAGCAAUGAUGUCGAAACUGUGUCUCACGGCGCGCGGCUGAAUGUGAGGGGUCCCCCGUUCAUUCGUGUCAUGCGCAACGUGUCCGUGUUGGCAGGACGCACCCUGAUGGUUCACUGCCCCGCUGCCGGAUACCCUCUCACCCAGAUAUUCUGGCACAAAGGGGACGCCCGGCUACCGCAGAGCAAGCGCCAGAGCGUGUUUCGAAACGGCACGCUCGCGGUGCAUCGCGUCGAGCGCAGUGCCGACGAAGGCAUCUACCGGUGCUUGGCCACAGGUCCCUCCGGGAAGUCCGCCUCCAGGGAACUCUACGUUAGCGUCAUGGUGGCACCGGUGGUGGGUCCGUUCUCAUUCCCGGCGAACCUGAAGGAAGGCAUGCGGGCCAUCGUGACCUGCUCCGUGCUCGAAGGGGACAGCCCCGUGCGCAUCCGAUGGCUCAAGGAUGGCGCGCCCGUGGCGCCAGAUGGCAGAAACGUCAAGGUCGAGUCGAGCAACGAGUUUUCCUCCACGCUGUUCAUCAAACAAGUCGGCUACAGGCAUCGCGGCGAGUACACCUGCGUCGCAUCAAACUUGGCAGCGUUUGCAAACUAUUCUUCGAACAUGGUCGUCAACGUGCCGCCACGGUGGAAAGUGGCUCCAAGAGAAAAAGCAGCAGUAGUUGGAGAAAAUGUGGUGAUUGACUGCCAAGCAGAAGGUUUCCCUCCUCCGAGGAUCUGGUGGGAGAAAUCAUCAGCCUCCAAACCGUCUGAGUACAAAGUCAUCAUAAGCAACUCACACAUACACGCCCUUGAAAACGGCUCGCUCAUGGUGCGCGAGGCCGAACGCAACGACACUGGCUUCUACCUCUGCCAGGCCAGCAACGGCGUGGGAUCUGGAAUCAGUAAGGUGAUCGAGUUGAAAGUGCACGUGUCCGCCCACUUUAGGAAUGCAUUCAACUCGAAAACUCUUCGCAAAGGCAACACGGCACGCAUCAGGUGCGAAGUUUUUGGUGAAAAGCCAUUGACUAUUUCAUGGAGCAAGAACGGUCAACCAAUAUCUGCGAAACAAGAUCAACGGUACGAAAUAAAAACCAGUGAGACAGAAGAAAGCGUUGAAUCCCAGCUGGAAAUUCACGCCGUUGACCGGAGAGAUUCCGCGCUCUACGCGUGUCUUGGAAACAACAAACAUGGCAAAGAUGAAACUAGGACACAGUUGAUUGUGCAAGAAACCCCUGGGGCUCCCUUCAAUCUUCGAACGUCUGACGUGACGAGCCGGUCUAUGACGAUUUCUUGGGACCAGCCCUACACGGGGAACAGCCCUAUCUCUGCGUAUCGAGUGCAGAGUAAACCUUCAGGGACCAAGUGGAGUGGUGCUAUUAGUGAACACAAACUUCAAGGAAGAGUCACCACACUUACUCUGAGAGACCUGCGCCCUGUCACAGCAUACAUCAUACGGAUACAAGCAGAGAACGCCUUAGGUGUCGGGGAGUACAGUCAAGAGAUACAGGUCACAACCGAUGAGGAAGCACCUGAAGGCCCCCCACUGAAUGUUCAAGCUUCUCCAGUGUCAUCAACUUCUGUGAAGGUGUCCUGGCAGCCCCCGAAAAGGGAGUACCAGAACGGCCUGCUGAAGGGGUACUAUGUUGGUUACAAGAAACACGGCACUUCAGAUACAUACACUUACAAGACAGUAGACACAACGGGCAGCAUCAAAGAAGAGGUUGUGCUCACUUCGCUUCAUCGUUCCACAAAGUACGCAGUGCUUGUGCAAGCAUUCAACGAAAAAGGAACAGGUCCACCGUGCGAGGAUAUACAGCUUGAAACCUUCGAGAACGAUCCACCACCAACACCUACGUUAAGCGUCUUCAGCACGAGUUCCACCUCCAUUCAAUUGCAAUGGGACUCAAACGAGGGUGAUGACGCAUCUAUAAUAGGUUAUUACAUCUACGUAAAAGGUCAACAAGGCACCUGGGAGGAGCAUCAGGUUUCUGCUCAUCAGACAACGCACACUUUUCAAGACCUUCUUUGUGGAACAAAUUAUCAAUUUUACGUUGCCUCGUACAACAAAAUGGGCAAAAGUGAUCCUAGCGAAGUGAUAUCAGCAAAAACUCAAGGAGCACCCCCGGUGGCGCCCAAGCGGGACGCCAUGAUAAGCGUCAACGGAACCACGCUGACGGUGCACCUGAGCAGCUGGAGCACGGCGGGAUGCCAGAUCCAGUCGUUCACUGUUCACUAUCGCGUUCAGGAGGAAGGCUACGACUGGCUGCUCGUGUCCGACGCUAUCCCGGUAGAGCAGAAGGUGCUUACGGUUUCCGGCCUGGCGGCCGGAAAGUGGUACGUUCUGAGGGUAGCCGGCCACAGCGAGGCGGGCACCUCAGAGCAGGAGUACACCUUCAGCACCCUCACAAAUGCAGGAGCGAGCAUUCCUCCACUGAACAGCCUUGAAAGCCGGAACCCGGCGUUCUACAAGAGCGUUGGUAUCAUGGUGCCACUUGUAUGCGUCGUGGCUAUGAUAGUACUCGUUGUGGCUGUCCUUGCUUUCGUUAUACCUCGGAGACGAAGACAGGCGACGCCUCAUCACUACAGAGACCCGUGCCCCGAUGACAAGAAUAUGGAGGCCCUGAGCCUUUCUACACUGAAGCAGACAGGGGAGCAUAUGGAAACUGCGAGCCCCGGAAAGGAGCCGCUUUACUACCAAUCUCACUACGCCAUGGGUCGUGUUCAGACAUUGAGUAAGCAGGGUGUUGGUCCCUCAGAUGCUGAGGCUGCUGCGGCAGCUGUGCGGACACUCAAGAGAGCAAGAAGAGAGCACAUCUACGAAGUUCCCUACCCGAGAUGGAUUGAGGAGGAAAGCUACCCCCACGUGGCAGAUUGUCCAACUGAGCCCGUACCCAAUAUUUACCAGACGCCAAAGAAAUCAGCGCAAAUGACAAUCGACGGAAGACGGAUAACCAGAGAAAGAGAAAGAAGCCAGAGAACAGCUUUCAAGUCAUCGAGCCUGGCAUCUGAUGGACACUCUGCUGAUGACAGCGACAGUGAAGGAACGGCCUACACCUUUCAGCGAACGAAGUUAGGCAGCUACGGAGACCAUCAGGAGAUGUCGGAAGCAGAAUGUGACCGAGAUCAUCACGCUCGAGCCGCAAAACGCCUGGAGGCAUUAGGAAUCCACGUUAGUCCCGGCUACAGUAUAACCUGAGGUCUACUGCACUCGCACCAUCGAACGGAUGUGAGAGAGACUUGCGUGUGACGUUGGGACCUUCUGCGGACGCCGAAAGCACACACUGUCCAGACAGUGGAACGCAAUGAUUCAUCGUCGUUGAUCAGUGUGCCUCCUCGAAGUGCCGUGUACGAUGUGAACAUGUAAGGAAUACCAGCGGUCUUGUUGAAGCCUCAAGGGCGUCGGAAGCCUGCAUUACGUGCCUCAAAUGGACUGUCGAGUGAUGUUUCUUUUUGUACGUGACUGUGAUUUUAAGAAGACUAUUGAUGCAUUUGAGAAGCAAGGGACCUUGUGCCGCACAAGAGCUUUUCUUACUGCCAGAUGUGUCCUUGAAUAUUUCUACUGUGAGAGUCAAAGAAGUUGUAAUCGCUGUUUUAAGCAACGCAUUCUGUUAAACAGUUCAAAUCAGUACAGCAGAAAGAACUGAUUGCACCACACCUUUUAGGCAAUAGGGAGACGAAAGAAAGGAGAAAGGCAGGGAGGUUAACUAAAGCAAAAAAAGAAAAUUUGGUUUGCUUCCCUAUAGUGAGGGGACGGGAAAGGGGUAUGUAGAAAGGUAAGAAGAAUAUAGUGAAAGAGAGCAUGAAGACCCGAAAUUAAUUCGUGCAAAACUUUUAGGCUUAUAGCGUCAAACUGUUAGGGCAAAAAUACGGUAACGAAGUCAGCAUCUCCAAUUACUGGGAUAUCUUUCGCUUACCUUGAAGCACCUAGAGUCGCCUGCCAAACGCUACAGAUCUAAUCAUUUUACGUAUUGAACAAAACGGUCUGAACAACGUGUCUGACGUAGUUCUGCCCAUGAAAGAAUUUUGUAAUUCACAGUUGUUCGCUUAGUCAUCUGAGAGAUGUAUUGAAAUAAAAUUAAAAAAGACAAUUGAAUGAAGUUUCGUAGAUUAUAAUCCAAUUUAUGUAAUUUCUGUUACAAAAUUAUCCCUUUAACUUGCGUUAACAUAGCCGCAAAUCACUUUCAAAAACGUUCGACCAUUGCUUUGUGGCAUGAAAGUGGUGUCGCAUGAGCCUACUUUUAGCAGGAAAGAUUGAAUUCCACCUUCCAAAACGGUCAUAAUGGCGUUCCCAAUACCGUCAUUCACUGAGGGGCCUGGCGGCUAACCACCUUAUAAAGAAGGAAUAGGUGGACCGAUCUUAUCUGAACUAGCCAAAUAUACGAGUAUUCUGUUCAGGAGGAGGGAGCAAUACGUUAAAUUUGAUUGAUAAUGUUUUGAUUGAUGAAUAGCCGAGACACAAGGCUUUGUUUUGGCCAGAUGCUUCACGUGCAAGUGCCCAUUGAUACACUGCCUAGAUGUUCUGUCAGAAUAUCAGCGGUCCUUCUUCAUGUACAUUCUUUUAUUUUUACACGUGACAAUCUGAAGCAGUUUAAUUAUUAUACAGUGUUGCUCGAAAUCGCCAUUGAUGAAAGAUGUAUAAUUGUGAAAUAAGGUCCAUUAUAUACUGCCAUUGCCAGAACGGUGCCGAUAUUAACUGCUUGUCGAUAGAGGAAGGUUGUACUGAAUCGAAAUUUGCUUGUAUUCGCAGCGCAUGUCAGUUAUCAAUAUGGUUUUCAUAGCAUAUUUGUACAUCGUUCAAUUGCGGAAUGCUAAGCUAGGUCACAAAGUGUAUUAUUACAUCGGCAUUCUCGAAUGUCAGCGCUUUAUUGAAAUUUCACUGAAAGAUUAGCACUCCCUAAUUUAGAAAAUAUUAAGAAAUGUAAUUUUUGACAUGCUUCUAUUUCAUUCUAACCUUUUAGUGCCCAGAAGAGAGAGAAACUGUGCGAGACUUGGCUUUGUCCCCCAUAGUCACAAUGUCUCUGUAUCCUUUGUGUGCUUCAAGGUAGAAACUACAAAUGUGUUUACACACUCCGGUUGAUAGAUUAAGUGUCCCUAUAUUUGAAUGUCUUGCUCAAUGCUUCUGCCGUCAUGUUCUACUGUAGGCAAAAUCAUUGUUCGAGUUGGGCAACGGCUCUGUUUUCUAAUAUUUUGGGAAUUCGCACAAAAACAGGUUAGUGCAAAAGAUAAUCUUUAACCAGUUAUUUCACGAAUUCAUAGGUUAGGUCAUGACCAUUACUGACAAUGUAUCAAAUAAUUAUUAGAAACAAGGCUACCAUUAAGAAACAGCAAAACUUAGGUGACUUUCUGUGUUAUUUAAAAGGAGGUUACUGUUACUACUGAAUAGGCCACACAUUAAAAACGGCGUUUGAGCUCCAUAUCUACUGAUACAGCACAUCGAAGAAGAAUGGAGGGGUCUACAGUUGUUCGUCGUGCUUAUCUAUCACCCUCUCAAUUAUGGUCGCCUACAAAUUCUGCAAGAAUUCAAUCAUUUAUUCUAACAUUGUCGCAAGUGUUGCAUACAAAAUUAUUUGGUGUCGUAAGUGUUUUGAGAAGGGAGCCAGGCAUUUCACCUGUUUGUUUUUGCUCUGACAACAAUCAUCAGACUCACGUGUCCGACAUUUUAUUUGUGAUCGCACCAUGACGUCUACAAGAGAAAUGGACAAUGGUUCGGGUUAAUCUAAAUGAUGAUGAAUUACCGAAAAUGCUUCGCUGCCUGGUAUUUCCAUUCAUAAUUGAGUUUCGUUGCUGCCAUUUCUAUGAUAUUUUUUUUCCGGAGACACGUGUCAAACAGUUGUGCAUCUAUAACUGGUACGACCCUUUACACUGUGUUUCAGGUGCGUUGCAAAAGCAGGUGUGAUAUUUUUGUAGUGAACUGUAAAUACCGACAAGCACUGCCUGUUUCAGUAAAGCAGGUAGCAUUUCAUAUCUAAGAUAGAAUCUAUGGAGCUGUUAUAUCGGUGUAAAACCCUUUUUGUCUUCAUUCUGCACCGUACAUGUAUUGCAUGAGUUCUGUUGGAAACUGUUCUGCUGGACAAUUUCGCGACAUGCACGAUCAAAAUGUCGCCUUUUAUUGCAGAACAAGGUGUUGAAGUCAAACAAAUAUUUUGUUCACGGAAAAUACAUGUCACUAACGCCCGAUUUUCCC